AAAUGUGAGCAGUAACCUAAAACAAUAAAAUCCCGCGCAAUGUUACUACAAACAUUCUGAAGUCAUUUUUCAAAUGAGUUGCCAAAGACGAGCUAAAUAAUGAAGUCCAACUUAAAACAAUUACUGACAAUUCUCUCAAAAGAGGUGCAACUUCCCCGAAGUAGACCUUUUAAUAUUGUAUUGGAGGGUAAUAUUGGCUCAGGAAAGUCAACUUUCCUGAAUUAUUUCCAGCACAACAAGUCAGUAAGCAUUGAUAGUGAACCUUUGGACUCAUGGUGCAACUGUGAUGGCCACAAUUUAUUAGCAUUGCAAUAUGAAGAUCCAUCAAAAUGGUCUGCCACAUUACAAUCAUUUGUGCAGCUUACAAUGUUGCAAUUGCAUUUAAAACCAGUGCAGCAGCCAAUAAGGAUGAUUGAGAGAAGUAUUUAUAGUGCACGUCAUUGUUUCAUUGAGAAUAUGAUUCGAGAGGAAACAAUGCCAUCAGCAUCUGCUGCCGUUUUGGACAAGUGGUUUAAUUUUCUCACAGAGAAUAUUCCUUUAAAUAUAGAUUUAAUAGUUUAUCUGCGCACAUCACCGGAAGUAGUCUUCCAACGAAUGCUGUCACGUUCUCGGGUAGAGGAAAGUAAAAUUCCCUUUGAUUACAUACGAAAACUUCACGAUCUGCACGAGGAAUGGCUAACACGCAGCGAGAUUUUAUUACCGGCGCCGGUUUUAAUAAUUGAUGGAAAUGUCGAGAGGCAUUACUUUGAGGAGGAGUUUUUGAAUCAUUCCAGGGAAUUUAAAAUUUCCAGAGAGAAAGUAAGUUCAAUUGCUUAAAAGUCGAAUUGAGGUGAGAAUCUGAAUGUAUGUUGUGUAACAACGUUAAACGAAAUAAACCGUAAUCUGAUAUUUCAACA